AGAUGAGAGCAAUAUAUAUAUUGCUGGCACUAUGUUUUAUUUUAUCAGUACAACAUCUAGCCAGUGGUCAGCAAUCUGAAGCUUCAGAUGACAACGAAGUUGAAAAUGAAAUGGAAAAUGAAGUUGAAGAAGAAGUUGAAAAGGAAGUGGCUGAAUCUCCAGAUGCCAAAAAAGCUCCUGCUAAAGAGGCUGAAGAGAACACUGCCAUAAAAAAGGAAAGCAGUGAACCUGAUAAAGAUGAAAAAAAGGUGAAGAAAACAAAUGCUGAUUAUGCUAGAGGUAGACGACGUCCAGUCAGAAGACAACAAUCUUUCCAAAGAAAUGCCCAACCAAAACGUAGACGAUCAAGAUAUAAUAAAAUGUGGCAGAGCCGAAAUAAAGGAGGGAAAGUUAAUAAAAUGAAUAGAAUGCAUAGAAAGAAUAGAAUUAAUAGAAUGAAUAGAAUGAAUAGAAAGACUAGAAUGAAUAGAAUGAAUAAAAUGGAUAGAGUUGUAAGACCAAGAAUGCCUAAUAAAAUGAUGAGAGGUGGAAAUUCAAUGCAUUCAAGAAAUAUGAAAAUGUGGAACAAGAAUGGAUAUCAUAAACGGAGGAAUGCUCUUAUUAAAAAUAAUAGGAGACAGGGAUAAAUUUUAAAUAUGUGGCUUUGAAAACAAUAUAAUAAUUAUAGAAAAUAUUUACUUUAACAUCAGCAAUAGGAAUCCUAAAGAAAUAUAAGCGUUGCCAGUGAAAGAUUCUAUACUGAA